UUAGCACUGCGGUAUUUUGUGUGUUGGAGCGGGAAGAUUCAGUACGCUGAGCUGACAGCAGCGGUUUUUUCUACGAACCGUAUUUUGCAGGAAUUUGACACAAACACGAUAUGCCUCGGGAGAUCAUAACGCUGCAGUUGGGGCAGUGUGGAAACCAGAUCGGUUUUGAGUUCUGGAAACAGCUGUGUGCCGAGCAUGGCAUCAGCCCAGAGGGCAUCGUGGAGGAGUUUGCUACCGAGGGCACGGACCGCAAAGACGUGUUCUUCUAUCAGGCGGACGACGAGCACUACAUCCCCCGAGCCGUGCUUCUCGACCUGGAGCCUCGAGUCAUCCACAGCAUCCUGAACUCGCCCUACGCCAACCUGUACAACCCCGAGAACAUCUACCUCUCCGAGCACGGAGGAGGAGCGGGAAACAACUGGGCCAGCGGCUUCUCUCAGGGGGAGAAGAUUCACGAGGACAUCUUCGACAUCAUCGACCGAGAAGCAGACGGCAGCGACAGUCUGGAGGGGUUUGUGUUAUGUCACUCCAUCGCCGGAGGCACAGGGUCCGGUCUCGGCUCCUACCUGUUGGAAAAACUCAAUGACAGAUAUCCUAAGAAGCUGGUGCAGACGUACUCAGUGUUUCCUAACCAGGAUGAGAUGAGUGACGUUGUGGUACAGCCCUACAACUCUCUACUCACGCUGAAGAGACUGACCCAGAACGCAGACUGUGUGGUGGUGCUGGAUAACACGGCUCUGAACAGGAUCGCCACAGACAGACUCCACAUCCAGAACCCCUCGUUCUCUCAGAUCAACCAACUGGUGUCCACCAUCAUGUCCGCCAGCACGACGACGCUGCGUUACCCGGGAUACAUGAACAACGAUCUGAUUGGUCUGAUUGCGUCCCUCAUCCCCACUCCCCGUCUCCAUUUUCUCAUGACGGGAUACACACCUCUGACCACUGACCAGUCAGUAGCGAGUGUAAGGAAGACGACUGUCCUGGACGUGAUGAGGAGACUCCUGCAGCCCAAGAACGUGAUGGUGUCGACGGGUCGUGACCGUCAGACCAACCACUGUUACAUCGCCAUCCUCAACAUCAUCCAGGGGGAGGUGGAUCCCACACAGGUCCACAAGAGCCUCCAGAGGAUCAGAGAGAGGAAGCUGGCCAAUUUUAUCCCCUGGGGCCCCGCCAGCAUCCAGGUCGCGCUCUCGCGCAAGUCCCCGUACCUGCCGUCGGCUCACCGCGUCAGCGGCCUCAUGAUGGCCAAUCACACCAGCAUCUCCUCGCUGUUCGAGAGGACGUGCCGUCAGUACGACAAGCUGCGCAAGCGCGAGGCGUUCCUCGAGCAGUUCCGCAAGGAGGACAUGUUCAAGGAGAACUUCGACGAGCUGGACGACUCGCGCGAGGUGGUGCAGCACCUGAUCGACGAGUACAGCGCCGCCACGCGGCCCGACUACAUCUCCUGGGGAGCGCAGGAGCAGUAACGCGCGCACACACACACACACACACACACACACACACACACACACACACACACACACACACACACACACACACACUCGCAGGCCCUGGACUUAUUCAGUGUGAAUGAUGUGCACUUCAUCGUAUAUACAAGUAAAUCAGUUUCUCUCUCUCUCUCUCUCUUUCAGUCUAUUGUUAAAGCCUUUAUCUAUCGCUCCUUCAUUCGUUACACACACCUGCUGUCAGGACCACACACACUCACACACACUCACACACACACACACACAGGGUCCCUGAGUAAGCAGAUAAGGCAGGGUGGUCUCGCUGAAAGCUCCGCUCCGUAGGAAGAACAGGGUGGAGCGGAAAAACGAUAAGCCUGACUGAGAAAAGGGCAAAGACAGAAGAGAUCCAGGAGUGCACUUUCCUGUUUAACUCUCACACACACAUUUUAUUUUUCCUUUACUUAUACAGAGUAGUGCUGUGGUUUCUUUUCAGGAUUGAUUGUUUCUCAUUUUUAAGCUCUGAGCUUUUAAUAAGACGAUUCCUCUCACCGAUAAUCAGGAAUAAAAAAACCCACAUCCGUCUCCUGCCGUAGCACGUUCCUGAAGAUCCUUUAACCUGACUAUUACUCGUUUCUAUUCGUGUCAUCACACAGGUAAUGUUAGCGCACUUGCUAGUGUUUAUUUUCCUGUAAAUCAACAAGUUCUUUCCGAUCAGUACAGAGUAAAGUCGUCCUUAAAAACACUGCAAAGUUUCUGGUUCUUUAUCGUUUAAACGCAAGGUUUCUAUUUCUCCCCCCGAUCGUCGUCGUCUUCUCAAUCUGUCCAUCCUGAUAUUGUAAAUAGUUUGUGCGAAAUUGAAUAAAUGCUUUUCUAAGAGGUUUCAACUUCUCUUGAAUUAUUUCACGGUUUCACACACACACACACACACACACUAGGGCAGUUUGGGAAUGCUAAUUAGCCUAAUCUGUAUGUUUUUGGAUUGU